AUGAAGAAAUUCAAUUUUCGCAAAGUUCUGGAUGGUCUGACCGCCUCCUCGCCCGGUGGCAGCGCUGGCGGUGGUGGGGCUGGCGGAGGCUCCGCGCAUCCCGGUGGGACUGCGGGCGCCGCGGGAACUCCUCGGGAGGAGAUCCAGGAAACGCUAACUUCGGAUUAUUUCCAGAUCUGUAAGACGGUUCGUCAUGGUUUUCCUUAUCUACCCACUGCCUUAGCUUUUGACCCAGUUCAGAAAAUUCUGGCAAUUGGGACAAGAACAGGAGCCAUACGAAUAUUGGGUAGGCCUGGUGUUGAUUGCUACUGCCAACAUGAAAGUGGUGCUGCAGUCCUACAGCUCCAGUUCUUAAUCAAUGAGGGUGCUUUGGUCAGUGCAUGUGCAGAUGAUACGCUCCAUUUGUGGAAUCUCAGACAGAAACGACCAGCUAUCCUCCAUUCUCUGAAAUUUAACAGAGAACGAAUUACUUACUGCCAUCUACCUUUCCAGAGUAAAUGGCUUUAUGUUGGAACAGAGCGGGGAAAUACACACAUUGUAAAUAUCGAGUCCUUCAUUCUUUCUGGAUAUGUUAUCAUGUGGAACAAAGCAAUAGAACUAUCCACUAAGACUCACCCUGGGCCAGUUGUACAUUUAAGUGAUAGCCCAAGAGAUGAAGGGAAACUAUUGAUAGGCUAUGAAAAUGGGACUGUAGUAUUCUGGGACUUACGAUCUAAAAGAGCUGAUUUGAGAGCUUAUUAUGAUGAGGCUAUUCAUUCUGUUGCUUGGCACCAUGAAGGGAAACAGUUUAUGUGCAGUCACUCUGAUGGAAGCCUGACCUUAUGGAACCUGAAAAGUCCUAACAGACCUUUCCAGACCACAAUCCCACAUGGAAAAAUUCAAAGAGACGGAAAAAAACCUGAAUCCUGUAAACCAAUUCUUAAAGUGGAGUACAAAACCUGUAAAAACAGUGAACCAUUUGUGAUAUUUUCCGGUGGGUUGUCAUAUGAUAAGGCUUGUCGAAGACCAAGUCUAACGAUUAUGCAUGGGAAAGCAAUUACAGUUCUUGAAAUGGAUCAUCCUAUAGUUGAUUUUUUAACUCUUUGUGAAACCCCAUAUCCGAAUGAAUUUCAAGAACCUUAUGCUGUAGUUGUGCUUUUGGAAAAAGAUCUCAUUGUUGUUGACCUGACACAAAGCAAUUUUCCAAUCUUUGAAAAUCCAUAUCCUAUUGACAUUCAUGAGUCACCUGUCACCUGCACAGAAUAUUUUGCCGACUGUCCUCCAGAUUUGAUUCCUGUACUCUAUUCUGUAGGAGCAAAACAUAAAAAGCAAGGAUACAGCAAUAAGGAGUGGCCUAUCAGUGGUGGAGCAUGGAAUCUUGGAGCUCAGACAUAUCCUGAAAUCAUUAUUACAGGCCAUGCAGAUGGAUCAGUAAAGUUUUGGGAUGCUUCUGCCAUUACACUGCAGAUGUUGUACAAAUUAAAAACAUCAAAAGUCUUUGAAAAACAGAAGCCAGGGGAAGGAAAAGCAACAGCUGAGAUUGUGGAAGAAGACCCUUUUGCAGUUCAAAUGAUGUACUGGUGUCCUGAAAGCCGAAUUUUCUGUGUGGCAGGAGUUUCUGCGUAUGUGGUUGUUUAUAGAUUCAGCAAACAUGAAGUAAAUACUGAAAUUGCGUCACUAGAGGUACGACUGCAGUAUGAAGUAGAAGAUAUCAUUACUCCUGAACCGGAAAUAAUUCCUCAAUUUCCAGAUGCCUCUUCCCAGCUUCCUUCUUUAAAGAGUCUUUCAGGUAGUACCAACACUGUAGCAUGUGAAGGAAUGAUGAAGGACAGUAUCCCAUGUCUUAGUGUUAAGACUCGACCUGUGCGAAUGCCUCCUGGAUAUCAAGCAGAUCUUGUUAUUCAGUUGGUGUGGGUGGAUGGUGAGCCUCCACAACAGAUUACCAGUCUUGCUGUAAACUCUGCCUAUGGACUAGUGGCAUUUGGAAACUGCAAUGGUUUGGCAGUUGUGGACUUCAUGCAAAAGACCGUACUACUGAGCAUGGGAACCCUUGAAUUGUACGGAUCAAGUGAUCCGUACCAACGCCAGCCCCGUUCACCUCGAAAAAGCAAGCAGUUUGCUGCAGACAACUUUUGCAUGCGUGGCCUGUCUAACUUUUAUCCAGAUUUAACGAAACGGAUCCGUACUUCCUAUCAGAGCCUGACUGAACUCAGUGACAGUCCAGUUUCCCUGGAGCUAGAGCGUUGCAAGUCUCCCACUUCAGAUCACGUGAAUGGUCACUGUACAAGCCCAACAUCCCAGAGCUGCAGUUCAGGAAAACGACUUUCCAGCGCGGACGUCUCAAAAGCAAACCGCCGAGGGCCCGGGAGGCCCCCCUUUAGAAAAGCACAGUCUGCAGCCUGCAUGGAGAUUUCCCUCCCAGUCACCACAGAAGAAAACCGAGAAAACUCCUUCAGCCGUUCCCGAAGCUCCAGCGUGUCGAGUAUUGACAGGGACUCCAAGGAGGCAAUCACAGCCUUGUACUUCAUGGAGUCCUUUGCCCGAAAGAAUGACUCUGCUGUCUCCCCAUGCCUCUGGGUUGGAACGGGCCUUGGUAUGGUCUUAAUCCUCUCUCUUAACCUGCCUGCCAGUGACGACUUACGGCAGUCAGAGCCGGUCAUGGUGUCACCGAGUGGCACAGUUCUGACACUGAAAGGAGCCGUGCUGACCUUCGCCUGCUUGGACUGCACGGGGACAUUGAUACAUCCACCUUAUGAAGUAUGGAGGGACCCACACAGUGCUGAUGAUGGUGAAAAAACAAGGAAAAGAAAACUCGUCAUGCAUUCCCCUUCCUCCUCCCAGGAUAUGGGUGAUCAUCAAUUUGCAGUCAUUUGUUCAGAAAAACAAGCCAAAGUCUUCUCAUUGCCUUCCCAAACAUGUCUUUAUGUCCACAACAUCACCGAAACGUCCUUUUUAUUGCAAGCAGAUGUGGUCACCCUCUGUAACAGCGUCUGUCUGGCGUGCUUUUGUGCCAAUGGGCACAUCAUGACACUGAGCUUGCCCAGCCUUCGCCCACUGCUGGACAUCAACUAUCUGCCUGUAACGGAUAUGAGGAUAGCGCGGACCUUUUGUUUCAGUAACGAAGGGCAGGCUUUGUACCUCAGCUCUCCCACUGAGAUCCAGCGCCUCACGUACAGCCAGGAGAUGUGUGACAACCUGCAGGACAUGCUUGGGGAUUUGUUUACUCCUGUGGAAACACCAGAAGCCCAAAACAGAGGCUUUCUUAAAGGGCUUUUUGGAGGAAGUGGACAAGCUUUCGACAGAGAGGAGCUUUUUGGUGAGGCCACGGCAGGAAAAGCCUCUCGCAGUCUCGCCCAGCACAUCCCUGGAUCAGGUGGAAUUGAAGGUGUGAGAGGAGCUGCAGGAGGAGUCAUUGGGGACUUGACUCGUGCUCGUAUUGCUCUUGAUGAGAGAGGACAGAAACUGGGAGAGCUGGAUGAAAGGACCGCGAGCAUGAUGGCCAGUGCAGAGGCAUUUUCCAAACAUGCACAUGAGGUGAUGCUGAAAUACAAGGACAAAAAAUGGUACCAGUUUUAAACUUCUAAAGAAUCUGCUUGUGGCUUUGUUCAGAACACUGCUGAGGGAAGCAACGUUCAUUCCCAAAUCUAUCAGUCAUCGGCCAGAAACAAUUUUUUUCUCCUAGAAGAUGUUUUCCUCUUACUGUGUUGGAAUCAUCGCAGUGGGCGUCAAAGAAAUUUUCCAGAACAUGAGUUGGAAACUAGAGUCAUGGGGGCUUUAUGGCAGCAACUGGUUUAUGCAGUAGCCAGUCUUUCCCAAAAGGAACUCAACCAUCACUGUGGCAUGUAGCUUUUCAGAAGCUGUAGGUAUGAACUGUGGGGAGCCGUGUCUGAUUAAAAAUACUCUGUAAAAACUCGAAUGUUAAUGCACUUAGAAAACUUUGCAUGGUUAAUUGACAUCUUAAAAAAAAAAAAAAAAAGGAAAAAAAUAGGAAAAGAAAAAAAAAAAAGCAUGUUGUGACCGAAGAAAAAUGGGAUUAAUUUAUAUUGAGCAAAAAAAAAAAAACUUAAAUGGCAAAAAUCUGUAUUUUUUAAAAAUGAGACUACAAAAAGCCAGUACAUUUCAAGCAUGUUUGCUACUGUUCUCAACAUAAAAAUGAGUUGAGCUGCGUUUUCUUAUCUGCUACUCAUUUCCCUUGAAAAACCUUGCUUGAAAUCAGUGCUGUUUAACUCCUUCUGGAAGAAUAAAUAAUUUCAAAAGCCUAUGUCCAAAUUUUACAGAUUUUUCAAGUAGCUAAACAGGCACUAUCUGAAAUGUCAUUAAAACAUGAGAGCAGAUGAAUUUUGCAAUUCAGAGUACAUGACGUGUUGCCCUUAUCUGUACUUUUAAAAACGAGCCCUAGAUUUAUCUUGGUAGUCCUUGAAGGCGUCUGUGGCAUUUGUCAUCCCUGUGGUUUCUCUGUCACUUGGUUGCCUUACUUCUCUGUUGCAGGAAUAGAAAACAAACUUAAAAGAAUCUCCUCUUGAAGUUAGAGAGGGCAAAAAGGGAAACCACUGAGAGAGUCCCAUCAGUUUUCACUUGCAAGCUGCUCAACAGCUUGCCAAACAAUGAGUUUUUUUCUUAAGUGGUUGGUUGAAGUUAUGCUGAGGAAACUGCACAGUAACCCCAUAAAGCUAGUGGAGAGAGCUCCCAGCAGCAAGUCCUCGAGGUGGGCCGCAGGAAGAGCAUGAAAAACGAUUGUUAUGAUAUGUCACUGAAUUGGCACAUACAGAAAAUGACACCACAGCUGUGUGGCAGUUGAUCCUCUGCUCGCACCACAAAGUAAUUUGCUUCUCCUUCUGAGUGGGUUGUUUGGUUUCUGCAGUAGACUCUGCAGUACUUUCCAGUCUGCAGAGGCAGAAGAGAACAGUAAGUAGAACCCAUCACUUAUUUAUACAGAUGGGUUUUGAGUUUAUAGAUACAGUACAGUGCCACACAGAUGAACUGUUCACUUAGAAAUUGUUCCAAGAUUGCCUUGGAACCAGGGCUCUGAAGACUUCUUUUCAUGUACCUGGAUAGAGCUCCAAAUUAGAAAAGGAAAGAUAGGAAAAGGUAGAAGAGCAGCAGGUGGAAAAUUUUAAAGUUUUCUGUAUAAGAGAAAUGGAAGAUGUUCCUUCAGGGAGUCCUGGCUGACACCGAUGCAAACAGACAGCACUGCCGUCAUAGCUAGAGCUUAACUUCACUAGAUUUCUAUCAUACCCAUGCUCAGAUUAUCUGUCUCAAAGAUGCCUUUCCUCUAUAUUUUGCUUUCUUAAAAUAAAACAAAAUAGUACAGGCUAGAAAUCUGGCUUUGCUAUCAUCCCAGCUGCACAAGCUAAAGGGAUGGAACAGAUCUGACAUAUGAAGUUUUAAAUUCAUCCUGGAGCACAAGAGUUGUAUGCUUUACAGAACUUUUAUGUUUCUCUGGGGGCAAAAUCAAAAGAAGAAACCUGACUGGUCUGGCUGCUUUAGGAAAGAGGCUGGACAGCUUCUUCUCUGUCACAGAACUGUAAUUGUGAGAACAGUAGAAUCUUGGUUGGAAAAGGGUCAAAGGCCAAGUGAUGCCUGUGGUUCAAUGAGAGUUAAGGAACUGAAAUUGUGCAUGACCCACAGGAGGUCUGUGCAUUAAGUGUCUGAGGAAAGAGCAAACUCCCUGCUCUGAUGCCAGUAUAAACUGGGCUGGGGAGAUCCUUGCAGUGUCCCCAUCACAGAGCUGGCUGCUCCCCUAUGAGAAGUAUCACUGUAACCAGGCAUCUGGAGUGAGAAACAGCUACACUACCACAGUCAUUCUCUCUUCUGUUUCAAUGCAAAUUCACUCUGCUUGUGCACUAGCCUGUACCACUAGUGUGUCUCUGGGCAACAAAGCCUUUUUGUGCAAAUUGUUCAGGCCCCUCCAGCCAACCUUAUAGACUUAAUUCUUUUGCUCUUCUCUGCUCUUAUGGAGAAGUUGAGGAGUCUGCAUCAGUAUCAGCAUACCAAUCAGAGAGGGUUCUGUACCCAUUCCUACACUUACUUAUGCCCUAAGGUGGUGCAAAUGAAAAGGCCUCUGCCAGUUCAAGCGUGGCACCAUGUUUUCCACUGUACUUAGUAGUGGAAUUUAUUAAAUAUUUAUUUACUAGUUAGUUUCCACUAUUAAUUGGUGUAAUUGGACCUUAGGAAAUGAGCCAGGUGAAUGCAGGCACACUGUGGCACACUGACAUGACCCGGCAGCGAGCAGUGCUGCAUGAGCUUCCUGUACGCUGCACCUCGUGUGGGUGCUCACAAUGCAAAGCUCCCCUCAGCUUUGAUGUCAGCAGUCCCUGCAGGCUGGAGCAGGACCCUGCUCGCUUGUUGGAGAACCUAGUGUGAAAAUUGGAUAAUGACCUUUAACUGCUAAUCACCACAGUAUGCCCAGAGGAAAAAAAGUGUCUUCAGCAAGUCAUGUGUGCAGUGCCAGACUCACUGGGGCAGCCAGCCACUCUCUGUCUUAACAGGAGGGAAAAACCUGCCCUUAGAUUUCCAUCUGAUGCAACAGAAGAAUUAGAAUUCAGCAUCCCGUAAACUUACAGUUUUUAAUAACAAGUUCCAAGCAGCUUUUCUCCAGUACUCCCCAUUGGGUCACAGCUGUAUCUCGCUUUCCACUCUACGUAUUUUCAGUAUUUCCAGACAGUUACAGAUCCCUAUUUCUGUUACGUUUGCCACUCGUGACUAUACUUAUCAAUUUUCUUGUAGGCUGUAGAGAUCUAAAAAGUUGUAUAUGUUUGUAUAUAGAACAUUCUAUAUAUAAAAUAUAUAUAUGUAAUGUAUAUGUUGUAUAAGUUUGGUAGUGCACACUGUUAAAUGCUUUCUAUUGAGAUUUAUCAUGUAUGUGAAAAAAACUUCACUUAAAAACGUCAAUGAGGGAGGAAGAGCUCUUGCCUGGUUAUUUAUGCUGUCCCUGUGCGUUGAAGUCACGCGCUUUCGGCGUUCCACUAAGAGCACCACCUACAGCCCGAGGCAUCUCCAGCAGUGUAAUCCUCAAUUACAACAGACCCGAAUGCCUGGAAGUAUUUGUUCCAUGUAAAAUGCUUCUGUUCACCUGAAUGCCCUUCUCACUCCCAGUCUUCUUUACAGGAGUGCCCUCUCACAACCACAUCCCCAGCCCCGACGCACCCAACAGCAGCACCUGUUUGUCUGGGUUUGGCCAGUUGUGUUCACCUGUAUUCAUAGGGAUGCGUAUGGACUGAAUAUGCAGAGAAAAUACAUAAAAUCAGAUUAUUUGUAUGUAUCAGAGUAGGCAAGUCUCUGGUGAAACACAGGCUAUUUGUUAAAAAAAAAAAAUAAUCCAUUCAGUGGAGUGCUAAUUUAAGCUUCAAAUGCUGAGUGAAGACGAGCUGAAGGAAGAAGUGAGAGUUGGGUUUUGCUUUGUAUAAUUACUGUUUUCUAAAUGUUUUUUUUUUUUUUCCCCCACAGUUCUUCAUUCCUCUGUUUGCAUCCAUUAAACAUCCCCUGUAUUACCACUAUAGCUUCCUACAAGAAUGUUUAAAUUCUCUAUUUGCUGCACAUGUUGUAUAAAAUUACCACGUAUAGAAAUCCUCUACAACAGUUUACAAAGCCCUUUUACAAAAGCCAUUUUACAGUAGGAUGUAUUAUAAUGAAGUUACACAUACAAAAAUAAGUUUUUUUCAAGAUACAGUUGAAAAAGAAGUGAAGAAAAUGCUGCAGCUUAGCUCAAAGCUGUGUUACACCUCAGGGCUCCUCCAUUUAUGAACUGGGUGCAUUGUAACAGAAGCAGAAAGCCCAAGUUCGUUUAGUUACACCCCUUAGUAUCCUGAUGUAUUGUUUUCCAUAAUCUAAAGGUGAAUUCAAGCACAGACUAUGUCAGUGUGGAAUGGUUUUUUGCCUUGGCGUGGGCUCGGUGUGAACACACUCUCUCUCAUUAAGGAGCCACAUGUGGCCAUUUUGGAGUCUGCGCUUCAUCUCGGUGUGAGCGAUAGGCACGUAAAUCUGUGUUUCCAUUCAUGUGUUCUGUUCUGUGAUUAAAUCAGCAGCUCAAACGUUGUACUUUCUUAGAUAGCAACCAGUGCUCAGAUUUGGUGUCAUUUCGGUGGACAGAGUCUGUGUGGCUUUAACAGUCAUCGCUUCCAUCGCAGAAGGAGGGCAGUGCUGGGGUGAGCCACACGCGCUGAGCUAAGCCCAUCCUGUUCCCAUGGGUAGCCCAGGGCAGCUCCACAAUAGGAAACCUACAGCAGCUUUAACUGAAGCUGUUUUGAGUUCCCAAUUUAGGAGGAAAAAAGAGGAAAA